AUGUUUGCUUUAGGGUGGGGUGAGGGAGGGGAGGCGUGGGUAUGGAGGCGGCAUCUGAGGGUAUGGGAGGAGGAGAUGUUGGGGGAGUGUCAGUCGUUACUUCUUAACAUUUUCUUGCAGGCUCAUUCUAUUGAUAGGUGGGAGUGGCGCUCAGAUCCUGUUACAGGUUAUUCUGUUAGAGGAGCAUAUCAGUUGCUUAUUACUUCUCAUACUUCAGUCACUACAGAUGUUGCGGAUAAUCUCAUUUGGCAUUCCCAGGUUCCUUUGAAGCUCAUGGUUGCGUUUUUGGAUGUGGAGAGGCUGAGUCGGCCCAUCACUUAUUCAUUUCCUGCGGCAUUGCUGGUUCUCUUUGGGAUUUAG